AUGUCUUCCUUCUCGCAACAGGCAGUUCUCGGAUGGUAUGGUCUGUACGACUACUUGAUGGGUACCGACGAGCGACCUGUUACAGUCUCUCUGAUUGGUGACUCAGGAUCGGCAUUUUCUUUGAUGAGCUUGCCGGGAAGCUUCAAGGAAGUCCGUCACCUCAUUCCGGCUGAUAUGCUGCUGGAAACGAUGCAACGCGCCUCUCGUGUGCCGGCACGUAUCGCGCUGAAGAUGCCAUUCCUACGUCCGAAAAGGUACUAUCAACACAUCACGAUACCAACUCUGGUUUUCGUCGGCACCGAGGACAAUGUCACGCUCCCUGUGGCUACGGUGCAAAACGUGAUCGCGACACCAAGGCUGGACAUGAAGGCGUACGAAUGCGGUCACUAUGGUUUGCUGCAUGGCGAACUUUUUCCAGCAGCGAUGGCAGACUGCAUCGACUUUCUGAAGCGUCAUUUGGUCCCCUCAAGCGAUUAG